AUGCCCAAGGCCGCCCCCACCAAGACCGUCUCCAAGCACAAGUUCAUCAUCGACUACUCAAAACCAGCUGCAGACGGCAUCUUCGAUGGUGGCGAGUUUGAAAAAAUUCCUCCACGACCGCAUAAAGGUUUGUGGGCUAACUUCUUGUUUUUCAUUUCAGAUGCUGGCUCGAAACUCGUUAUCACGACCUCGAUUCAAUUCUCCAAGCGCUACCUCAAGUACUUGACGAAGAAGUUCCUCAAAAAGCAAUCGAUCCGCGAUUGGGUCCGUGUCGUUGCGCCGUCCAAGGACGUCUAUCAACUGCGCUACAACGCUGUGCAAAACGACGAGGAGGACGAAGAGUAG